AUGCGCGGCCUAAAAUCUAAAAAUUUUUUAAUUUUCAUAUUAAAAUUAAUAAUUAUUAAUUUACUAGAUAUAUCGACAUUAUUACCACAAUCAUCCGCUUAUAAUAGUAAUAAGAAUGUCGGUAAUAAUGGUAAUAUUAAUAGAUAUAGUGAAUUAAAUAAUGGUAAUGAUAUUGGCGGUAUUGGUGGUAUUGGAAAUGAUGGUGCAAUAUCAUCAUCAUUGUCAUCUUCUUCAUCAUCAUCAUCAUCGUCGUUAUCAUCAUCGUCUACAAUAACAUCAAAUCAUCACCAAUGUUCCUGGUCAUAUGUUGAUACAACAAAUGCAAUAUGCAAUUUAAGAACUAUAGAUCGUAAUGGCUUAGAUUUACAAGGUGCUGACGGUUUAAGCACUUUAAUUAUACAGUGUAAUGAUAUAUAUUUAUUUGAAAGUCAAUUACCGUUGUUACAAAAGACAUCAUCAACAUCGCAGCAACAACAAAAUCCAUUUCAAAAAUUGCAACAAUUAGAAAAUUUAAAAAUUGAAUCGUGUAAAUUAUUACAAUUACCUAAAAAUAUAUUUGAUGGUUUAAUAACAUUAAAAAAAUUAUAUAUUCAUACAAAAAAUUCUGAAUGGGGUCCAGGUAAAACAUUAGAGUUAAAUCCAGCAUCAUUAAAUGGAUUAAAACAAUUAAUUGAAUUAGAUUUAAGCAACAAUAAUUUACGAUCUUUACCAGUCGGUUUACUAUGUCCAAUUGGUAAUUUACAAAUGUUAAAUUUAACACAUAAUCGCAUAAGAGCAGCCGAGAAUUUAGGUUUUAUUGAUAUGCAAUGUAAUGCUGGUGGUAGUGAAAUACAAAUAUUAGAUCUUAGUUAUAAUGAAUUGAAGCAACUUCCAGAAAAUUGGGGUAUAUCUAAAUUACGACGUUUACAGCAUUUAAAUUUACAAUAUAAUAAUUUAACUGAAUUAUCUGGCGAAUCAUUAGCGGGUUUAAGUUCAUUAAGAAUAGUAAAUUUAAGUCAUAACCAUUUAGAAACUUUACCAGAUGGUUUAUUUGCUGGUUCCAAAGAAUUAAGGGAGAUCCAUUUGCAGUUUAAUGAAUUGUAUGAACUUCCAAAAGGGAUUUUUCAUAGAUUAGAGCAAUUAUUAAUAUUAGAUUUAUCAAGUAAUCAAUUAACUUCACAUCACAUUGAUAACACAACAUUUGCUGGGUUAAUACGUUUAAUUGUAUUGAAUUUAUCGAAUAACGCAUUGACACGAAUUGAUUACCGAACAUUUAAAGAACUGUAUUUUUUGCAAAUUUUGAAUUUACGAAAUAAUUCUAUUGGCUAUAUUGAAGAUAAUGCAUUCUUACCAUUAUAUAAUUUACAUACCUUAAAUUUAGCUGAAAAUCGUUUACAUACUUUAGAUAACAAAUUAUUUAAUGGCUUAUUUGUACUAUCAAAACUGACACUUAAUAAUAACUUAAUAAGUAUUAUCGAUAACAAUGUAUUUAAAAACUGUUCUGAUUUGAAAGAAUUGGAUUUAAGUUCGAAUCAAUUAACUGAUGUUCCUGAAGCAUUGCAAGAUUUAUCAAUGUUGCGUACACUUGAUCUUGGCGAGAACCAAUUGACUACAUUUAUAAAUGGUUCAUUUCGAAACUUACAUCAAUUAACUGGAUUACGCUUGAUCGAUAAUCAAAUUGGGAACAUAACAAAGGGGAUGUUUUGGGACUUACCACGUUUAAGCGUAUUAAAUUUAGCUAAAAAUCGUAUUCAGAGUAUUGAACGUGGUUCGUUUGAUUAUAAUAUUGAAUUGGAAGCUAUUCGAUUAGACAACAACUUCUUGUCUGACAUAAAUGGUGUUUUUGCAACACUAGCUUCUCUCUUGUGGUUAAAUUUAUCUGAAAACCAUUUGGUAUGGUUCGAUUACGCAUUUAUUCCAAGUAACUUAAAGUGGUUAGAUAUACAUGGUAACUACAUUGAAGCACUGGGAAAUUAUUAUAGAUUGCAAGAAGAGAUACGUGUAAAAACUUUAGACGCUAGUCAUAAUCGAAUAACAGAAAUUGGACCAAUGUCUAUUCCCAACACCAUUGAACUGUUGUUUAUAAAUAAUAAUUUAAUACACACUAUACAAUACAACAGCUUUGUGGAUAAAUCAAACUUAGCAAGAGUUGAUUUAUACGCUAAUGCUUUAUCUAAGAUACAGCUCCAAACAUUGAGAAUUGCACCAGUCCCACCACACAAACCAUUGCCAGAAUUUUAUUUAGGUGGAAACCCCUUUGAAUGUGAUUGUUCUAUGGAAUGGUUACAACGUAUUAACAACUUAACAUUGAGACAGCAUCCAAAAGUUAUGGAUUUACCCAAUGUAGAGUGCGUAAUGCCACAUUCUAGAGGUUCAGCUAUUCGCCCAUUAGGGACUUUGAAGCAAACAGAUUUCUUAUGUCGUUACGAAAUACAUUGCUUUGCUUUAUGUCACUGUUGCGACUUCGAUGCUUGUGACUGUGAAAUGACAUGUCCUAAUAACUGCACGUGCUAUCAUGAUCAAAUAUGGGGCACAAAUGUAGUUGAUUGUGGCAGUCAGCGAAUAUCAGAAAUGCCAAAACGUUUACCAAUGGAUUCGACAGCAAUUUAUUUAGAUGGCAAUAAUUUUCCAAUUUUACAUACACAUACGUUUAUUGGACGUAAAAAACUAAAAUCGUUAUAUGUGAACGCGAGUAAUGUUGUUACUAUUCAGAAUCGAACGUUUGCAGGCCUUAUUUCACUGAAAAUUUUGCAUUUAGAGGAUAACAACUUGCAAACUUUGCAAGGUUACGAGUUUGAGCAUAUGCCAAAUCUGAAAGAACUAUAUUUGCAAAAUAAUAAAUUGCAACAUAUUGAGAACUCAACAUUAGCUCCACUUACAUCCUUAGAAGUUUUAAGAAUUGAUGGAAAUCAGCUAUUUCAGAUACCAGUUUGGCACUUGUUAGUUCCACAGUUUAAAAAUUUGAAAUCACUCGCCUUGGGCAGAAAUCAAUGGAGCUGCCGUUGUAAAUUUCUGCAGGAACUAACCACAUACAUCGCAGAUAACGCAUUGAUAGUACAAGAUUCGCAAGAUAUUUACUGUAUAGAUGGGAACACAAAGCGUGAAUUAGAUUUUAACGCAACUUCAGCAUGCAGCGAUUACUAUGCAGGAGGAUCUGUGUUGCAAAACGGCAUUCCAAAAACGUAUAUUCCACUUCUAGCGGCAGCCUUAGCAUUAGUUUUCUUAUUAGUAAUCUCUAUUGUUGUUUUUGUUUUCCGUGAAUCUGUUCGAAUAUGGCUCUUCUCUCAUUACGGGGUACGUAUAUUUGGUCCACGGUGUGAAGAAUCAGAAAAACUUUAUGAUGCGGUUUUAUUACAUUCAGCCAAGGAUUCUGAGUUUGUGACACAAAAUCUGGUUACAGAAUUAGAAACUGGACGUCCGCCUUUAAGAAUAUGUUUGCAACACAGAGAAUUAGCACAUGAUUCAACACACAUGCAGAUUUUGGAAGCCGCGAGGGUAUCUCGUCGUAUAGUCAUAUUCCUUUCAAGAAAUUUUCUUCAAACAGAAUGGAUUCGCUGUGAAUUACGACGGGCAGUACAUGAAUCAUUGCGAGGUAGACCCCACAAGCUAGUAAUUAUAGAGGAAUCUGACGUGCUACUAGAAGCAGAAAACGAUGUAGAGUUGCUGCCAUAUUUAAAAACGUCAGCGGUUAAUAGAAUACGUCGAACCGAUAGAAAUUUUUGGGAUAGAUUGAGAUAUGCCUUGCCGGUAGAAUAUCCUUACCGAGGUAAUAAUUAUACAAUAGACCAUAAUCAUGAACGAAUUAAACAACCAUCUAGUCCAGGAAUAUUAUAUCGCACUGCCCCACCACCUGCUUAUUUUCCAGAUGGCGAAGACCCAAAUUAUUCGUCAGCAACAACUGCAACCCCUAGUCCAAGACCUAAUAGGCGGGGUGCCCCUGGUGACGUAUUUCAUCCACAACAGUCAAAUUCACCACAUCAUAGUAAUCAACAACAAUUACAACAGCAGCAACAACAACAACAGCAAUUAAUACGCCACCAACAGUAUGGUGGUAGUAUAGGAAAUCAUUUACAGCAACAAGCACAACAACAGCAACAGUAUAAUCCAAAUCGACCACCGUCUGAACAUAUUUACUCAAGUAUCGAUUCCGAUUAUAGUACAUUAGAUAAUGAAAAUUUGAUGAUGAUGAUACCACCACCUCCAUCUAAUGUUGGGAUUCCAGGCUCAAUGAAUGCCAACACAAUACACAGAUUGCAAAUGCAACACCAAAUGCCGUUAACACAACAACGGCAGCCUCAACAUAGCUCGCAAACUUGGCGACCUAUAUCAACGGUAGGCCAUUCUAGUGGAAAUGUUAGCAGUGGUAGUAAUAUUUUGGGUAAUAGUUCUAGUAGUUCUGGACAACCGCCACCUAGUGCUCAUCAUGUUCAAGCUUAUUUGGUGUAA